GUCAGGCUGCGUGACUAGUACAGUCAUUACGGUAACUGUAGGCUGCGGCGCUUCUGUGUGUCCGACGGACCAGGAGUUGCACGGGAAGACACUGCGCCGGACAGGUGUCGGAUGUUAUCCUUUCCUCUGAGCCACAGACAACAUCCCAUCUAGCCAGGUGCAACUACAAGGCUGCCCCCCCUUGGCUUUUAGUAUUCCUCCCGCAAUCUUGACAUCAAGCCUGUGAGAUUUGGAGAGAGUACAGAUUUUUUGCAUCCAGCUUGACUCAUCAUCAUCAGGUCCCAGACCAACUGACCAGCCAAAAGGAGAGAACCCAUCCCUUUCCCACCCUUUCCUGCUGCUAGCUAGCACCAGCAUGGCAGACAGUCGACAGCCAGAAGACGGUGCUCCCCAGUGGGACCCGUCAGGAGGGCAGGAACCCGCUGGCACCCACGGAGCCAAUGGCUACUCUUCCUCAGCAUACAGGACCUGCCAGCCUGGAGGAGCCCACGUGGCCACAGCCUCCUACUCCGCCAGGGAGAACGGCUUCAAUGGGGAGGUUACUGGGGCUCAUGCUAUAACUGCUGAGCAAGUUUCAGCACGGAUUGUGCAAGAAGUGACGGCAGAGGCAGUGGCAGUACUGAAGGGAGAGCAGGAGACACAAAGGCUGCCGUCAGUUGAAGACACAACCAAUUUGCCUCCCUCUCCUCCCCCCUCACCUGCUGCAGAGCACUUUGGUCCUCUAGAACAAGAUGUAGGGGAUGAGGAGGAGGCGGGCCCUCUCCGCCGCUUCCAAAAUUCUCGGGAGAGGUGCAAGUUCCUCGCCCCCUCCAUCUCAGUUUCCGUGCCCGAGGACGACCCCUACCACUCCGACGAGGAGUACUAUGAGCACCCAUUGUUCAGCCCAGAGUGGACGCACUCGGGCUCUCGCCCCACAGGGCAGGCCGUGGCCUUUAGACAGAUUGAAGAAGAAGAGACCAUGGAGGCUCUUACAGCUGAAUACGAGGAGGAGGUGGAAGAGGAGGAGGAGGAGGAGAUUGCAGAGGCAGCAGAGUCCGAGGCAGCUCUUGAUGAGCAGCAAUGGAGUGGGGAAGAGCCCGAGCUGGACAGCCCCCAAGCUGAGCCCUUAGAGCAGGCAGAGGCCAUAGACGAGGCUCAGGACCUAGACCUGGAGCUGGCCAAAGCAGUUAGUGCUGCUGCAGAAAGCUCUAUGGACAGAGAGGAGGAGGAAGCAGAGGGUGAGGAGAGCCCUGACACAGGUGUGUCCUGCCCUCUGCUCUCCCUGCCUGCAUGUUACUGCAUUUUCCACUGUAUAAGAACACUAGAUGUGUCAAAGGGAAGCCAUAAGCAUAUAACAUAA